CAAGACUGUCACUGCUGCCAAGGAACCUACACCUGCCCCAGCUCCAGUCCCAUCUUCGACUUCCAGAGUUCCUCGUUCGGCACUCGAUGUGCCAAUGCCAGAUUUGCAUGCCAUGGCAAUGGCAAUUCAGGAGGGUGCAGCUCGAAUCGCCGCUCUCGAGGAACGUGUUGUUGAGCAGGAUGCUAAGAUUGACACCCUGCAAUGCCUUCAUGAAGGCCUUCGACGCGAAAUCAUCCUCUGGCACCCAACAUUUCCACUUCUGGAUUCCCAAGGUGAUGCAACAUCAUUUUUGCUUCAUCAACCUGUCCCUCCGGCGGUGUCAACCCCCGCAUCCGCACUUUUCCCAGAGUAUGAUUCAGUUGAAGAGAUGGAUGUUCAAGUGAAGGGUGAACCUUCUGGUGAGGAUGUUGACAUGACUACAUAA